AUGCUGAAGCUGCUCACGAGGACCACACAUCUCAGAUCAGAGGACAACCUGAGGUGUGGUCACGAGGUCCACGCGGCUCCCGGCUCGGGUUCUGUUCGGGACGGGGAGGCUGGGAGGAGAACUGAUGCUGAAAGUUCAUCCCAGCAUUUGGAAGCACUACAAAAACUUGCAGUAACUCUUGAAGACCAAAAAGGUGUCCUGGACAACCUUAAGGAGCAGAAGCAGAACGUUGUCCAGCAUCUGAACUUGGACGACAAGGAGCUGGUGAAAGAACAAAUCAGCUACUUUGAACAGAGAUGGUCUCAGAUGCAGAACCUCAUCGAAAGAAAAGUCCAGGACUCCGUGGUGACGCUAGAUGACAUGAGACAAGUGGAGGCUCGUCUGAGAGAGGCUCGGGACUGGGCUGAGGAGCAGCAGCCAGCUCUGUCUGAGGCCAUGAAAAUGAGUCCCCCUCCUGAACUAGCUCAGAGCUUCCUGUUUGACCAUUUGAGCAUCUGCAGUGAGCUGGAGGUGAAGCAGCUCCUCCUGGCUCAGGCCAUGGCUGACGCAGAUCGGGUGUUGCCGCGGCUAGGCCUUAGCGAGCGCCAGCACCUGCAGCAGCUGAUUUCUGACACUCAGAUGGAGGUGGAGUCUCUGAGUGUGAAGGUGGUGCAGCGAAGGAAACACCUCAGCAAGGCCUUUACAGAGAGGACACAGUUUCUGAUGGCCGUCAGUCAGUCCAUUUUCUGGGUUCAGCAGAACGAGAAGAAGGCCCAGGCAGAAGAAUACUUUGCUUUGUUACCUGAUGACCUAUCCAAGCAGGUGCGGACAUGCAGGAACAUCCAAAGCAGUCUGAAAGCCUAUCAGAGCGAGCUCACCUCCCUGUGGUCUCAGGGGCGAGACCUGAUGAGAGAGGCCAGCGAGGAAGAGAGAAACGAGAUUCUCACAAAGCUGCAGGAGUUACAAAAUAUCUUCGACAGAACGCUUCAUAGAUGCGGCCAGAAGCUUCAGGAGCUUGAAAAAAUACUUGUCUCCAGGAAGUAUUUUAAGAACGAUUUAGAGAAAAUCUGCCAGUGGUUAAAACAAGCAGACAUUGUAACUUUUCCUGAAAUCAAUCUGAUGGUGAGUGAUAGUGAACUGCAGGCACAGCUGCUGAAGUACCAGCAGAUAAUUGAACAGGCGGUGGAAUACGAGAACCUCCUCCUGACUGUACAGAGAGCGGGUCAGGAAGUGCUGCCCACUCUGAAUGAAGUGGACCACUGCUUCCUGGAUGAAAAACUCAACAGCCUGCCUCAGCAGUACAACAGCAUCUUAGCACUUGCCAAAGAGAAACAGGAGAAGAUCCAGCAGGCCAUUCUUACAAGGAACGAGUACACGUCUUUCAUAGACGUCACUCACAAAGCACUGAAAGAACUCGAGGAACAGUUCAAUAAUCUGGCGACGCAACUCGUCGGGCUACAAACUGAGGAGGUCGUCAGUUUGCAAAGUGAUUACAAAGCUAUUCUGGUAGAUCUCAGCUGCUUGGGUCUGGCCGUGGGUGAACUGAAUCAGAAGAAGGAGGGAUUUCGCAGCACGGGGCAGCCAUGGCGCCCAGAGGAAAUGACACAGCUCGUGAGCCUGUAUAACGGACUAAAGAGAUUAGUGGAACAAAAAGUAGAACAUCUGGAUGAAACUUUAGAGUCGUUUGAGGACCACAAGGCAAUGGCCAUGCAGGUAGACUCUGAGCUAAAGGCCACAAAGGAGCAGCUAGUUAAAGUGAAUGCAGAGACACAGUCAGCCGAAGAGAGGCUGAAGAACUACCACACUCUGGCAGGGAGUCUCCAGAGUGCCGACUCCCACCUGUCGAGGCUCAUGGAGCAGAUGGACACCCUCGCCCCUCGUGUGGACCAAGCAGCUCACGAUGCUUCUAAGGAGCAGGUCAUUUUGUGGCAGGAGGAGCUGCGGUCGUUACAGGCUGCAGUGGGUGAGCUGAUCGAGGAAUGUGAGAACAGGUUCAUCCAAAGUAAAGACUUGGAAACGGAGAUGAAGAGGACCCUGGACUGGCUGCAGCACAUCAGGGACGAGCUCGACUGCGCCGUGAUUGUUGACGUCAGAGUGGAGAAGGUACAAGAGGAGAUCAGGAAGCAGCAGAUAUUGCAAGAAGAAGUGCAGUCCAGACUGAGAAUAGUGGCUGCACUUAGUAGCAGAGAAAAACACGAGUAUAGCAGUGCCAACGAGUUUGUCCCCGCCCACGUUGAUACAAACCUUGAAGAAAUGGCAAAACUGCAGGCAGAUGUUCAAAAAGCCCUGACAGCCAAACAGAUUACCCUGGAAGAAGCCUUGAUGUUGUGUCAGAAGUACCACUUCAGGAUGCAGUCCGCCUGUGAAUGGCUGGAGGACGCCGUGUCUUUCCUUCAGCAAGCUAGCUUGGGGGUCGACGUCGAGAACUACGAGGAGUGCCUCCGGCAGCAGGCAGACAUCAUGUCAACAGAGCAGGAGUUUAUCAUCCAUCUGGAAGAUCUUCAGACACUGCUUCCUCAGCUGGAGAGCCUGGUGAAUCCCGCCGCUAAGGAGCAGCUACGACUGAGUGUGGAGUCGGCAAAGCAGAGAGGAGCAGAGGUCCGAGAUCAGCUCCAGUGUCAUCAGGAUGUCCUGCAGACCUGUGUGGUCCAGUGGAAGUCUUUCCAGGAGUCAAGGCAGACUGUUAUCGAGCUCAUGAACGAGGCCGAAAAGAAGCUGACAGAGUUUUCCACCGCAAAGGCAGCCACGAAUCAGGAGGCCGAAGACAAGCUCGGCAGUCACCGGUCCCUUGUAUCGCUUGUGAAUGGCUUUCAAGACAAGCUGAGUGGUUUGGAGGAACAAGCUGCUCAGCUGGAACUGGUGGGGAGCGACGCCAGCAAGGCCACCAUCAGUCGCUCCAUGACCACCGUGUGGCAGCGCUGGACACGACUGCGCAGCGUGGCACGAGGACAAGAGAGAGUGCUUGAGGACACAGCGCAGGAGUGGAGGACUUUCAGAGAGAAGAUGGUGAAGGUUAGAGGUGUCUCUGAUGAGCUCCAGAGUCGUUUCCCUGACAGUGCUGUGGAGAAGGCUUCCAAAGCCACGCUGCAGUCUUUGUUAGAUCAACAUGAUUUGCUGAGCCAAGACUUGGAGCGGGAGCUCUCCUCCCUGACGCUGCUUCGCCAGUACGCCCUGAGUCUUCUGCACGAUGUGGAAGUGCCUCCUUCACCAACAGCCGACCAGGAGGAGCUGCCCAGCCUGAAGGAGAUCAGAGCUGUCCAGGACCAGAUGGAGAGCCUCUUGACACAGUCCAGAACCAAACGGGCUCAGGCAGCUCAGGAGUUGAGGGAGCGUGAGGAAGUGGAGAAAGAACUCAGUGUUGUGAAAUCCUGGAUCCAGGAGACCAGGGAGCUGCUUCUCAAUCCCACUUCAGAUAUUGAUUCCCUCCUGCAGGAACUUGAGGCAUAA